UAUAUAUAUAUAUGAUUACACACACACAGGCUGUAAGAUCAAACCUGCGGUAAUUCCACAUUUCCUCUCUUUUUGGAGCAUCCGCCUUUAAGAGCUUUUCAAAAGAGCUUUUGCGCAUGUGUAAUAUAUCGCAGCAUGCAACAUCAGCUUUAUCAGCCCCACCGCCUCGGAGUAGCCCCGUAGGAUGUCGUACAACGUCGUCUGCGUGUAUCAGUACUCAGUCGGUUUACGCAGUAUAUUUACGGAGCGACAUUUACGAGCUAACGCGACUGAUCGGUGACUGUUGGCGCCAUUUCUUGGUUGCACGCUCGAUUAAUUAUCCCGAGCUCCAGGACGAGGAAGUGUAUGGAAAAUGAUAACGACGGAGUUCCAUCAAGUCCUUAUCACCGCGUUGAGCUUGCUGCUUGGCGGCUUUCUCCUCACCGGAAGUCGCCGGCACUUCUUUUACGUGCUCUACAAGACGCUGCCUAGAGAUAUUCUGGGUGCUUUCCGAUUUUUUCAAGUUAAUUUACGUCUCUGGUGGUGGGAAAAACGUGAAUAUACCGUUGCAAAGAUAUUUUCAAAAUAUGCAGCAGCUCAUCCAAAUAAAAUCGCUUACAUCUUUGAGGACAAAGAAUGGACGUAUGAACAGAUGGAACAUUACAGCAAUCGUAUUGGACGUUACUUCCGCACAAGACCAUUUUCUCAUUUUGAUAGUAUAGCUGUCUUCAUGGAAAAUCGUCCUGAGUACAUCGCUACUUGGUUAGGUCUUAGUAAAGCUGGUUUCGUAGCGGCCUUGAUCAAUACGAAUCUUCGUCAUGAUGUACUUUUGCAUAGUAUUAAUGCUGCCGGCUGCAAAGCUGUCAUUUUCGGAUCAGAAUUUAAGGAUGUGAUUCAUGACAUCAAGAAUAAAAUACCUAACGUUGAACUUUAUCAAUGGUCGGAAUUUGAGAAAACACCGAUAUUGGAAGAUGCUUUCGAUGUUAAUACGGAAAUCAAAAACAUUGAUUCUGGACCUCUCAUUGUUCAGCUUGGUCAUAGCAGUCCUCGAGACAAGUUGAUUUACGUCUAUACGUCUGGUACGACGGGAAUGCCAAAAGCUGCUGUUAUCAAUAAUUUAAGGUAUAUGUUGAUAAUAUGUGGUGUGAACUCAAUGCUUAAUGUACACUCGAAUGAUCGAAUUUAUGAUCCUCUGCCUCUUUAUCACACGGCAGGUGGCAUAAUUGGAGCUGGUCAAGCAUUCUUGGGAGUCACUGUCGUGCUCCGUAGAAAAUUUAGUGCGUCUAAAUUUUGGCCGGAUUGCGUCCAUUACGAAUGUACUAUAGCGCAAUAUAUUGGAGAGAUCUGCCGUUUUCUCCUUACAGUUCCACCAAGCAAAUACGAUAGAAUGCAUAAAGUUCGUUUAAUGUUUGGAAAUGGUCUGAGGCCACAAAUUUGGGAAUCUUUUGUGAAAAGAUUUGGUGUGAAUCAAAUAGGCGAAUUUUAUGGAGCUACCGAAGGAAACUCAAAUCUCGUGAAUAUAGACAGUAAAAUCGGUGCUGUUGGUUUUAUACCAAGAUAUGCUAGUCGUUUGUAUCCCGUUGCACUCCUGAAGAUUGAUGAAGAAACAGGAGAAUUGUUGAGGGGAUCAGAUGGAUUGUGCAUACCCUGUAAACCUGGCGAAGCCGGCAUUUUUGUGGGCAAAAUCAAUCCGAAGAAAGCAAUCAACGACUUUAGUGGUUACGCGGAUAAAAAGGCUUCAGAGCAAAAGAUUAUACAUAAUGUCUUCAAAAAGGGUGAUCGUGUCUUUAAUUCUGGUGAUAUUUUAGUUAUGGAUGAACUUGGAUACUUUUACUUUAAGGAUAGAACAGGCGAUACAUUCAGGUGGCGAGGUGAAAAUGUUUCUACCUCAGAAGUAGAAGCCAUUAUAAGUAAUGUAAUAGGUCUCAAAGAUGCAACUGUAUAUGGUGUCCAGGUUCCUGGAAAUGAAGGUAAAGCAGGAAUGGCGGCUGUAUACGAUCCGGAAAAUUCCAUAGAUAUGAAAGAACUAGCAGGAAAAUUGAAAAAAGUUUUGCCGACCUAUGCCAUACCUCGUUUUAUUCGUAUUUUAUCAGAAUUACCAAUGACUGGAACAUUUAAAUUGAAAAAGAAGGAUCUCCAACGUGAUGCUUUUGAUAUUAAAAAAGUUAAGGAUCCAAUUUAUAUUUUCACCAAUGAUACUUUCAUAAGGAUGACUGAUGAACAUUACAAUAAUAUCAUGGAAGAAAGAAUAAAAUUAUAAUUUUUGUCAUUAUAAUUUUACUAUUAAUUGUUACAAUUAUGGUUUUCUAAAGAAAAAUGUUUUUUUAAUGAAAUUUGAACUUUUUGCAUAAUGUUAUAUUAAGUUUUCAAUGUUAGUUAAGGGGCACAUCACCCUGAUCCUAUUAAAAAAUAAGUAAAGUUUGGGAUUUCUUUUCAUAAAUAAAUAAUAAAUGAAAAGUUUAGAUCUUUUUAUAGAUUAUAAAUGUAAUUUUUAACUUUAUUUCGCAUUUUUUUAAAGUGAAAAUAUUGAAAAAUAGUGGAGUAACUGAAUAUUCCUGAAAUUUCUUCCGUCAGUCACCAAUGAUUGGUCACUCAUUUCGGAAAGCACUGAGAUCUCGGAAAUCAAAAUUUCUUUUUUAUUUAUAAAUUAAAAUAUAUUAUUUAAAUUGUACGAUUUUUUGAAAAUUCUAAUGUUUAUAGAAAUGGUUUCAUUUUGAAAAUUUGUGUUGUCUUUAUGAAGGAAAAAUCAACUUUAAGUGUUUGUGAAAAAUCAAAUAAGUUGAGAUAUUAAAAUAAUCGUAUUCUAUAUUUUUAAAUUUAAAUAAUUUAAUUUAGAACAUUUAAGUAAAAUCUGGAAGCAAAUUAAAUGAGAAGUUU